UUGUCUGCCGGUAGUUAGUCGCUCUUAAAUUCAUCUUACGUAUUUCUAAUGAUCGUCACGCUGAGAUGCUGACAAAGUUCGAUAAGUUUGUUCAAAGUUUCAUGAAUUUCAUUCUCUGAAAGUGGUGAUAAAAAAAAUGAAAUUCUGACACAGAAUGGGAAAAUACGAAAGAAGAAAAAUUUGAAAAACCAAAACUUUGAUAAAACUUUUUUGAUUGUGACCCGGCUUAGGGUGUCAAUUAUUUGAAUAUUGUCGUUCUUUAAUUACAUCAGUGCAGUGUGCGAUAAAUUUUUCGUUAUUUUUUAGAAUCAAAAAGUUAAGAACAUUCGAAGUAUUUCAUUGAUUAAUAUUUUCAACGCAGUGCUUUUAAAUGACAAUUGUUAAUUACUUUUUAAAAAUGGAGGAUACAAAGACGCGAGUUCCUGCCGCAGGAUCGGAAAGUCCUACGAAGGAAUUAAAAUUUGGUAUGGACAGGAUACUGUCCGACGAAAUAUUUGCAAGGAAAACCGAUAUUCCCGUUUCGAGGCCUUUACCGAUGUUGUACGCUUCCUCGAUUUCUUGUUGCCCUUGUCCUGGAAGUUGCGCGAGUUGCGAAGCCGCAAGAAAUUGUUCCGCGUCUUCGAUGCCCCCUCUGAUAUCGCAGUCGUCAAUACCAGCGAUAAUCGCACACGCUAAUUACGGAAAUUUAUUCGAUGGCUACAACGGCGGCAGCAACAACGACAACGGAUACAGAGCUCCUCUCGUACGCCCCAUCGCCAGAGUUCCAGUUGCUCCUACGGUGUCCGUUAUUUCGAGUAGUCCGGAAAAUAAUUCACGGAGAAAAAGAUCGUGGUCCAGAGCGGUAUUCAGUUCGUUACAAAGAAAAGGAUUGGAGAGAAGAUUUUCGCUGCAAAAAUACAUCACGAAACCCGACAGAAGACAACUCGCCGCCACUUUGGGACUUACGGAUGCUCAAGUCAAAGUUUGGUUUCAAAAUCGCCGCAUGAAAUGGCGUCACACGAAAGAGGGUGAUAUCGCUUCGCCGGUUGGUCCGGAUUCUACGCAACAAGAACCUGCCGCAUCGUCCCAACGAAACUUACAGCAAGCCAAAGACUUUGGAAAGUCGAAAAACUUUUCUGGGAAACGUAAUAAUAAGACGGAUAUCGACGAAGAGGAUGUUGAAAUCGAAGUUGACGUUUGAACUAUAUUUAAUCUGGUUCUAGAGAAUUCAACGGAUCCCGUUCGAAACGAAGAAAAAAAAAAACAGGCUUUCGUUAAUAUAAAGUCUUUUUUUUUUUUGUCGAUCACUUUUUGGAUUUUUAUAGUAAUUUGUUGAAAGAGCGUGUAAUAUAUGUAAAUAAAUCGUCUUUGAAUAUA